AAAAGAAAAAGAAAAAGCAGACAUCAUCCUCUCUCUCUCUCUCUCUCUCUCCUCUGCAUCACGAUCAUGAUGUGAUUUCGUGGCGCGAUUUGGCGGUCGCGAGCUUUUCUCGUGCGGACAUUCGCCCGAAUUCCUCUGACACCGUCUUCUCUAGGUCAAAUCUCUCUCUCUAAGUCGCACUAGUUAAACCGGUGCUGGCUGGAGUGGAGUGCGCAGAUCUCGCUGCUCUUGCUGCUGCUCUUGCUCCUCAGUCUCGACUUUCAGUUUCGCUUCGGGUAGAUCGGAGGGAUUUUGAGCUCGCUCCGCUCAUGAACGAGGUAAAAGAAGAAGAAUCUUUUGUCCCACCUAUAGAAGACGAAACUACUGAAGUCGAGCAUUUACUCGAAGAGCCUGAAAAUGAUUACGUCUCAGUGGAUGGUGUCUUUUGCUCUAACAAGGAGAAUACCGGGAAGUUCUUGGAUGUUAAAGACUUCCAUGAUGAAGUGGAGUUUAGCCUCAGAGCUACCAAUUGUGGACUGGAUUCCUACAUUACUCCCGAAGGAGGAGAUGCACUGAAUUUUGGACAGGUGCUUGAUGGAAUUUUGGAUGAAGUUGAUGAUAUGGAAGGGCUCGAUUCUAUGGAUGGUCUUUCUGUUGCAUGUGAAGAUUUUCUUUUAGACAUGGAUGUUGCUCAAGAAGUCUCUGCAUUGGAUAUUGGUCUUUGCAAUGGCCUCCGCUUGGGGAAUUCUAGUACAGACAGUCAUUCUCCCGGAUAUAGUGGAAGUAGUAAUGGUGCUGUUGAAAUGUCAGAAUCAUCUGAUGCAAUUAAUCCAGAAUUCAAUUGCAAUGACGAUUCGUGUCAAGGAAGAAUUGGUCCUGAGGAUUGCAAUUGUCUUUCACGCGAUUCAAUUAAGGUUGAUCAACUGCAGAAUAGUUCAGAUUGUGUUAGCUUGCUGUCAAGCCGAAACAAAAACAAUCCUGCUGCAGAAAGCAGAUUGGGAGCUUGUCCUACACAAAAGAGACAGCGGAAGCCUACUCGUAGGUACAUCGAGGAAUCGGCAAAUAUGGACUCUAGUCAUCUCAGACCAGAGCAAAAGCCUUUUGCUUUUAGUUCAAAGAAGCAUGUGAACUUUAGAACUCCUGAUCAGCUACACAAUGUGGAAUCCACAGAAUUAACGUCAGUUCCUGUGAAGGAUUGUCCAGAAGAAACUAGCAUCAAAACACUGCCUACCCCUCACUUACUGGGAAGACAAUUGAAGAAACACGAACCCCUUAUGGAAGAUGAUUUGGGAGAGUAUUCUUCUGCGUCUGAAUCUGAAGAUGAUUUUGUUGGACGGAAACCUAAGAAGGGUAUUGAUCGGAGGAAGCAUCAAAGGAUGUGGACUCUUGUUGAGGUGACAAAGUUGGUUGAUGGCAUCUCUGAGUAUGGAGCUGGAAAGUGGACCGAUAUAAAGAGGCUUUUCUUUGCUACGUCUGCCUACAGGACACCCAUAGAUCUCAGAGACAAGUGGCGGAACCUUCUGAGGGCUAGUCAUGCACUAAAAUUACACAAGGGAGAGGCCGAGAAGAAGGAGAAGAAUGCUGUCCGUCCACUGCCAAAGUCCUUGCUACGCCGGGUCCGUGAACUGGCGACAAUCCAUCCAUACCCGAGGAACUACACUUCGAGAUCUCGCCCAGUUCCUACUGCGAAGAAAGGUGCUAGCAUCAGCUUCAAUGGAAGAAAUGUACGUAGAAGAAUCGACUCUUGAAAGAAGCAUUUGCUAAAGCUGUAUACAUAGUAGCCGCAAAGCGAGAGAAGGAAAGAAAAAAACUGAACUUCUGCUUCAUAUCGAUCUUCGAAAGAGAAAAAAAAAAAAGGGGGAUUCUCUUCUAUUGUAGGUAGUCUCAGCUGGAGUAAGUGUUGCCACAAAAUGUGGUGAACAUUGCAUUGCGCAAAUAAAAGAGUAAGAGGACAGGUUAAUUCGGUUGUCUAA